AUGUUGUCCACCCUCAGAAUCGCCAGCCGUAAGGCUGCUACCCGUGACGCUAGUGUGCGCACCGUUAUUGUCGGCGCCAGACACGCCUCCGCCUGGUCCAACGUGCCUCAGGGUCCUCCCGAUGCUAUCCUGGGUAUCACCGAGGCCUACAAGGCCGACACCUUCCAGGAGAAGAUCAACCUGGGUGUCGGUGCUUACCGUGAUGACAAGGGCAAGCCCUACGUCCUGCCUUCCGUCCGUGCUGCGGAGGACAAGGUUGUCGCCUCCGGCUACGACAAGGAAUACGCCGGUAUCACCGGUAUCCCUGCCUUCACCAAGGCUGCUGCUGAGCUGGCCUACGGUUCCGACUCCGCCGUCCUCAAGGAGGACCGUCUCGUCAUCACCCAGACCAUCUCCGGUACCGGUGCUCUGAGGAUCGGUGGUGCUUUCCUGCAGCGCUUCUACCCUCACGCGAAGAAGGUCUACCUUCCCACCCCCAGUUGGGCCAACCACGCCGCUGUCUUCAAGGACUCCGGUCUGGAGGUCGGACAGUACCGCUACUACAACAAGGACACCAUUGGCCUCGACUUCGAGGGCCUGCUGGCCGACAUCAAGGCUGCUCCCGAGAACAGCAUCAUCCUUCUCCACGCCUGCGCUCACAACCCCACCGGUGUCGACCCCACCCAGGACCAAUGGCGCCAGAUCAGCGACGUCAUGAAGCAGAAGGGUCACUUUGCUUUCUUCGACAUGGCCUACCAGGGCUUUGCCAGUGGUAACGCUGACCAGGAUGCCUUUGCUCCCCGUCACUUCGUGAAGGAGGGCCACAACAUUGCUCUCUGCCAGAGUUUCGCCAAGAACAUGGGUCUGUACGGCGAGCGUGUCGGUGCCUUCUCUCUCGUCUGCGAGUCCGCCGAGGAGAAGAAGCGUGUGGAUUCUCAGAUCAAGAUCCUCAUCCGUCCCUUCUACUCCAACCCUCCCAUCCACGGUGCCCGCAUCGCCUCGACCAUCAUGAACGACGCCAAGCUCAACGAGCAGUGGCUGGGUGAGGUCAAGGGUAUGGCCGACCGCAUCAUUGAGAUGCGCGCUCUCCUCCGCAAGAACCUGGAGGAGCUUGGCAGCAAGCACGACUGGUCUCACAUCACCAGCCAGAUCGGCAUGUUCGCCUACACUGGUCUCAAGCCCGAGCAGAUGGACGCUCUGGCCAAGGAGCACUCCGUCUACGCCACCAAGGACGGCCGUAUCUCCGUGGCCGGUAUCACCAGCGGCAACGUCAAGCGUCUCGCCGAGUCCAUCUACAAGAUCACCGGUUAA